AUGGUCCGAGUUGUGUUCCUUCUUCUGUACUCACUUGUAGCGGUAUUUGCAAGACCAGUCGUUGCCAAGCUGAUAAACAAAAGCGGUCUGGGCAGAACCAGGAUUUUGAUGCUGGUUCUAGUUUUUUCGAGGAUACCUGCGAUAAGAGUCAAUGUACCACAUUUAGGCGCAAUUGCCGUGCUUUACUUCAUCGCAGAUGGUCUAGUGCAUUCUCAAGAGUUCACAAUCAAACCAGAGCCAACUAUUCGACAGUUGCCCGAAAAGAACUCUAAAUCUCAAAGCUCAACCAUCGCUACAAGACCCUUAAUAUCGGACCAGCUGGAACUUUCCCAUGAGAUAGAGUGCAUUAUAGACAAUGUCAUACGAGACUUUGUCACUGUUUGGUAUAAAUCAAUCGACGACAAGCCAGACGAUGCGCCAUUCGUUUCAGAGUUGAGAGGCGUUAUGGAUGGCAUGGUCAAAAAACUACGUGAUGCUCUUUGCAAUGUUGAUCUUCCCGAGUUACUGAUUUUGAAGAUGCUGCCGGUGCUAACAAGACAUUUCAAGGCAUUCAGGGCCGCUCACAAGACAGUGUCAGAUCAAAAAAUUUUAGAAAAUAAUAGUAUGAAUGCCGAAAACCAACAUUUUGCAACAGCGGUAGAAUUUGGCCGAGAUUACAGAAUCCACAAAUCCAUAUCACUUGGUCUGGAUGAUCUAUCCGUCUGUCUAGAAAAGUACUCUAGGAUGAAUGCAGACUUUUUGCUACAUAGAUUGGUAAGUCCAAACGAACUUUCAUCGGGAUUUGUAAGGAUUUUAGGACGAGAGAUUCUUUGCUGCAAUAUAUUGAGUCCCCUACUGCAGAAGAUCACCGAGCCCCAUUUUUUAAAUCUUUUCCUUAUUUCUACUGCGGAUUCUCUGUUGGAAGAAAGGACCCGCAUCAAAGAGAUUAGAGCUGCGUUGUCCUCUCAAGUGAGUGAAACUCAUCAAGUUCCACAGCCUGCCUUUGAAGAGAGCUCGACUCUUUGCGAAAUCGUAAUAAACAUAGAGGAUGAUGCUAAAAUGUACGAAGAUUUACUGAAGGGCAUAAGCUAUGCCACUAAAGAGGAGACUUUGAAAGCAGUCAAACUAAUACUCAUGUGCCAGGUAAUUAAGCUAAAAAAGACAGGUGCCUUGAGUAAAACCGACUCACUUUUACUAAACAGGCUCAGUCUGGCUCUAAACCUUGUCGAAAGCCGUAUCAAAUACCUUGCAACUCACAUGUUCGAGCCUCCCUCUUCUCGGGUAGGCUUCAAGUCGGAAGAGUUUGCGACCUUCGGAAAGUACCUCGAUUCUGUAUCCAUGAUCGAUGUUAUUAAAGACAAAGCCUGUUUUCAUUACUUCUCAGACUACUUGAAAAUGCAGGAUACGAAAGGAGAGCGCUGUUUGGGGUUCUGGCUGAGGGUGGAGGAGUUUAAGAAUCCGUUAGAAGACCCUAGCAACGGAGAACUUGCAGUGAUUUCAAAUGAAGGCUUCGAUGAUCUAAUCGAAAUAUCCAAGGACUUUUUUUCUGGUAGAAAUCUUUACAUCAUGCAAUCACUGAGUGAGCAAUGUGCAGCAGAUGUCCUUGUUUUACAAUCAGGCCUGAAGCAGGAGAACACAAUUGCCGCUCGCGAAUACUAUCAAACAGCGCGAAGAAGCUCCUUGCAGCUGCAGUCCUUGGCUUACGAAUUUCUUCAAGUUUCUUGUUUUCCAGCUUUCAAGCAAUCGAAGGACUUCUUGCGUAUGAUUUCAGUCUCGGGAUUUCAGGACUCUGGUGCUUUUAACAGGUUUGGCACCGAACCAGAACCUGAACAUGCGAGCACAUCAUGGAAUUCAGCGGGCCCAAAGGUUGAUGAUGAUAUAGGUGAUAGGGCGUUUCCUGUUGAGCAGGAAAAGUCAGAUACCAGUGAGCCAACUAUCACUGAGGUUCGGAAUCAUAAGCUGCGUACAAAUUUGUUCGGUAAGCGCGAAGAAAGCAGUUUGUUUGAACACAAAAUUUUUGAAGAAGAUUACCUUGAUGAUGAUGCUAACAAUUCAAGUGAUGAAGAUGUUCCUGAGCCAUCAUAUCUAAAUUACUGCUCAGAGAGUCAAAAAGUCACUCUAGGUGAGGAGUCUGAUCCCGAUCUGGCUGUAAACAAUCUGAAUCAGUCAACAUUGAAAAACACCAUUGCUGAACUCACCAUCUCGAUUGAUCGCUUGAAAAAGCAACUGUCUCUGCUGAAUCACCUUGGAUUAAAAGCCGAUCUUACUGACAGCAUACCAGAGCUUAGACUUUUGAAAAAAUCUGAAAGAACUGUCAACCGAGAAAUUCUUCAGCAAGAGUUACUAAGACAACAGCUGUUAGUUCAGGAGGACGCCAAUAGCCUUUAUGAGAAAUGUCAACUUUCUAUCAAGACUUAUCUGAGUGAUAUCUCUCAGAAAAGCGGGAGAGAGGUUGUGUUUUACGUUGUCAGCGUGAGUCAUGUCAGCAAUGAAAUUGUCACGUCCUGGGAUGUACCAAGAAGAUACAGCGAAUUCCACGAACUGAACGCCUACCUCAAAGAACGAUACGGUGGGGCUGUCAAAUUCUUUCAGAAAAAAGACCACUUUCCCGAGAAAGUAAAAAUGUCCCUAGUGUAUCACGUAUCCAAAAGUCUACUGUAUAAGGAGCGGACUGUGAAACUAGAGAGAUUUUUGAGGUGCCUCUUGCAGAUACCUGAAAUUUGCCAAGAUACUUGCUUCAGGAAAUUCUUGACCGACACAAAUACAGUUUUUACCAUGAAGCGCAGGGCACCCAACGAAAACCGAGUGAACCUGCUUUCAAGAGUGGAUUCAGUAUCAUCCAAGCUCUUCGAACCGGCACCGAAUGUGUCUCAACUUCCUGGAAAACCGAAGCCGGGACAUGAUUCUGAUUCAGAUGGCCCUCAAAUACAGCACCAAGAUGAUGCUCUCAAUGAAGGGGACGAUUUCAAAAAACGUUCUUUCAUCAGGGUACUAUGUGAGUUCCUUGUGACCGUGUUUUCUCUGAAAGAUUCGCGAUCUAGCUGGCUCAGAGGUCGGGCUUUGCUUGUGGUUAUACAACAACUUCUGGGAAGCACCAUCGAGAAGUACAUCAAAGAUUCGAUAGACUCGAUGACAAACCCAGCUAGCACUGCGAGGACUGCGAGCAAGGUCCGCAUGAAGCUCUGGGUUGACGAUAUUUUUUUCAAAAAGCUCGAAACUGGAGAGCCAUCAAAUGAAAGAGAAGACACUGUCCAGAUAAGUAUCCAAGCUAGGAAUAAACUGCAAGGCUUAAUGGUAGAAACAUGCAGCCGCGUGUUUGGUGUGAGAAAGUCGAGAGAAACAGCCCUCGAAAUAUACUCAAUGCUACAAAAUGAAUACUUGAAUGCCAGUUUGCUCUUGGAAUUGAUGGACAUUUUGCUAGCGGAGCUUUUUCCGAGCGUAACGUGA